CUGCCUUCUGAGAUGAGUUAUCUGCCGGAUUACAGCCUGCGCACAGCCAGUGAGAGCUUUCUGUUUGAAUGAGGAAAACAUCGAGUCUGCCUGCCUGAAAGCUGUCACAUGGGGCCGAGGAGAGGGGGGGGGAAACGCUUCCUGAAAUGACCCUCGUCGCUAGCUUUGUAUUGUUUUGGGGCUUCUUCUCUCUAACGUAACAUCGCGUUUAAUUCCCCGUCCGGAUCUUUGUUUGCAGUCGGUGCCGAUGAUGAUCAGCAAAGUCAAAAACGCCAUGUCCACUCUCGUGGGAGGGAUGAUGCCGCACGGACACCACCACCACCACAACCAUCACUCAGGUGGCGGCCAGACCUGCGGUCCGGACAGCCUGCCGCCGCGCUUCCCCUACGGCCGGCCGGAUUUCUUGGACCUCACCCCGGAGCUCCUGCAGUACUCCACCGAGCACGCAUCACGGCCGGUGCUCACGUUAAAGAGAGACAGCAGGCUUCACUGGCGGACGGGAUACGCAGAGGUGAUCAAUGCGGGGAAGAGCAUGCUGAACGAGGACCAGGCCUCCUGUGAGAAGGUGUUCGUAAAGAAGCCGAGUGGCAAACAUCGUAACUCGUCUAUGCUGGAGGACAACGGGGAUGGUACAGGAAUCCCUCUCCACUUUUGGGGCGUGUUUGACGGACAUGCAGGUUCUGGAGCCGCCAUCAUGGCGUCCAAGCUCCUUCACCGCCUCAUCAGAGACCGUUUGGGAGAAGUCUGUCACCUGCUGGAGAACCCCACCAGUGCACCUCCUAUCUGCCUCGCCAAGAACGGCAGCCCGUACCAGGCGGACGCGAAGAAGGGGGCCGCACAGGAGACAGGGGACCCCGACGCUGUCACAGACGCCUCAGUGCGCUUUCACAUGGAGAAGGUUGUCAGUUUGGAGAGCCUGGUGAUGGGAGUCAUAGAGACCGCCUUCACACAGAUGGAUGACCUGAUUGAAAAGGAGAAAACAUCAUAUGCCAUCUCUGGUGGAUGCUGUGCCUUAGCUGCCAUGUAUUUAAUGGGGAAACUCUACGUAGCCAAUGCUGGAGAUAGCAGGGCCAUAAUCAUACGAAAUAAUGAAGUGAUUCCAAUGACGAAUGAAUUCACACCGGAAUCAGAGAGACAGCGGCUACAGUAUCUGGGCUUCCUGAGGCCAGAGCUCCUGGGUAAUGAGUUCACUCACAUUGAGUUCCCUCGUAGGAUCCAGCACAGUGAGCUGGGGAAAAAGAUGCUCUACAGAGACCACACCAUGACUGGCUGGGCUUAUAAGACAAUUGUUGAAGAUGAUCUGAAAUUCCCCCUGAUAUAUGGAGAGGGUAAAAAGGCACGCGUCAUGGCGACAAUCGGAGUGACCCGUGGGCUGGGAGAUCAUGACCUGAAGGUGUACAACUCCAACAUCUACAUCAAGCCCUUCCUCUCAUGCGUCCCUGAGGUGAAGGUUUAUAACUUGGAUGAAAACAAACACGGCCCAGACGACGUCUUGGUCAUGGGCACAGAUGGAUUGUGGGACAUAACGACGGACAGGGAAGCGGCAGAUGCUGUGUCAGCUUACUUGUCUGGCUGUGACCCCUCUGACCCCAUGAGGUACACUCUGGCAGCCCAGGACCUGCUGAUGAGGUCACGAGGCGUGCUGAAAGAGCGCGGCUGGCGGCUACCCAAUGAAAGACUGGGCUCAGGCGACGACAUCACUGUGUUUGUCAUCCCACUGGCGAGGCAGGAGUCAGAGACAUGACAAGGUGUCGCAGCGACUGCUGUGACAGGGAUGACGCCUUCAGGGUACCUUCCCACGGUACCUCCAAGCUCCCUAAACCCUCGACCGAUGGGGCGGCGGGAGAAAAGAGCACCUUUGUCAUAGGGGAGACUCGGAUCUGAUCAGCACCUUCAUCAACCCAGACUACACCCAGUCCAAGCCGCUUCACUUCAGCCCAACCCAGGAUCAUAUCAUUUGGUUGUUCUCAGACAUGUAACAAAAGAUUUUCGGUGACAUUAUAAGAGAUGUCACCCUCUUCCUCCCAGACCUGCUGUUUGUGACCGUCGCCAGUGCGAAUUAAACUCCUCAUAGUAUUUUUGUUUCCUGUUAAUGUUCAUGGCUGGACCGCUCCUCAAUCCUUUGAAUGGAUUGUUCAUUUUCAUGUCAUACCCUGAAUGUGACUCCCUUUUGUAAAAAAGAAAAGCCUCCCUCGGUUUCACAAUCAUUUUAGGGGAUUGCAGCAAAGAAUGUGAAGAAACCAAAGAGAUGUCAUCAAGGCAUAAGGUUGGAAAUCUGUAAAAAAUACAAAACAUAAAAGAUAAACAAACAAAAAAUCAUUAGAUUCAUGUCUGUACAUUAAAGACGCAUGUAGGAAGUAAAAACAGUGGAAUGGACCUUUUUGUAGCACUGGACUCAAACCGAAUGAGUUGGGUCUGUAUCGCCGUACUUCCUGUGUUAAUGAUGAAUGAAUGACGACACCUUGGCACUUGCAGACUGCUGCACAUGCUCUGUGUUAGCCUGUUGGUUUGUGAUAACCUUCCUGUUGAAUGUGCUUAUAAACGAUUUGUUUUCUUUUUAUCUUUACAUUAAAAAAGGUUCCACUUGUGUUUAGUGAAAAAAGAAUAUGAAAGAAAAGUAUAAUUUGUUUAAUUGAACUACAUGAGAAAGUAAUCUGUUUUCAGUAAAUGUCUCGGUAUAGUAAGAUGUGAUAAACUUCACACAUAUGCCUUAUUAAGUGUGUACCAGCUUGGAAAUAAAUCAGAGUUUUCCCAUUUGCUUUGAACUUGUUUAUUUCCUCAGUCCAUUACUCAGAAGGAAAUGAACCUUUGAUGUGUUCAACUAAUGAGUCAGAAUAGUUCAGAGAGCCUGUCACUGAUAAUUACAGUUUGACUAAGAAGAAAGUUCAGUUACUAAAUAUUCACUUUUUCCUAUACUGACUUGUGUAAUAUUCCACUACAACUAAAAGUCUUCCAUCCGUAACUUUACUUGAGCAAUAAAAUAUUCCCUGCAAAA